AUUUCUUGUUUACUAUUUGGUCUAGAUCAGUUUGUUCGUUCUCUGUUUCCGGCAUUUUGUGCUAUCGUACCGCGUUUCGUUCUAUCUGAUUUGUUAAAAGUGGUAAAUCCGCUUUAAAUCAAUAAAAUGCCAGAAUUGACUGAAAUCACGGAAAGCAACGCUGCGAUCGCAGGGGCUUCUGCCGUUCCGAGCACCUCCGCCGACAACACAGAAGCAAAGCUGGAAGAUGCCCAAAGUGAUACUGAAUCGGAGGACACAAUACCGGAGCUGGAAGAUGCAGGAGCUGCUUCCGUACAGCUGUCAACCGGUGGCUUGCCUGAUCUUGUCUCCAAAGCCAAACAGUCUCGGGGCGAAAAGAAGGCCCGAAAGAUCAUGUCCAAGCUGGGUCUGAAACCAGUGCAGGGUGUGAACCGAGUAACAAUCCGCAAAUCAAAGAAUAUCCUGUUUGUGAUAAACAACCCAGACGUUUUCAAAAACCCUCAUAGUGACACCUACAUCAUCUUUGGCGAGGCCAAAAUUGAAGAUCUAUCCCAGCAAGCCCAAGUGGCAGCCGCCGAGAAGUUUAAGGCACCGGAAGCGACACCAGCUGCUGGUGAAACUGCUGGCGCUACCACCUCCGUUGCACCGAUUGCCGAAGAAGACGAAGAGGAAGUGGACGAUACCGGAUUCAAUGAAAAAGAUAUUGAACUUGUCAUGCAGAAUGCAGCCGUUCCCCGCGCCAAGGCCAUUCGGGCACUAAAAGAGAACAAUUUCGACGUCGUAAACGCGAUCAUGGAGCUGACGAUGUAAAACUGCGCCGACUGGCAAUGCGUUGGUGUAGCCGGAUAAGCUUGUUUGUUCCCCUGUUCGUAUAAACACCAUCUUCUAGUUACAAUAUUAUACAGUUCUAGACGCAAGAAACCUUUUUCUGACGCAGUGCUUCAAAAUGAUGGAAAAUCGACAGCCGCUGUUGCAAAGAAGUCGACUUGCAACCUGUUUGGGAUAUUGAAUAUUCUCGCUAACACUACUGCUACUAUUACUGCAACACAACACACAUGCUAAGUCUAAUGAUUGAGAAGAAAACAAUCGUAGGAAAAACUAAAAAAAAACAAUAAAACUUGUAAAAUUUGAAA